AACCGGACAGAAACCCGGAGUUCCCAGGAAUCGGAGCUCCGCGGCUCCACGCCCGACCAGAACACGCCCCUUCCACGGAACCACUUCACUUCGGGAUCCGAACCGACACCCAGAGGGCUGCGAGCGCUGCUGCUGAUCGGAUCGGACCGGACCGGGACUGAUGGCCGGACCGGACCGGAACCGGACCGGUACCUGGAUGAAGGAGCUGCAGGCGGAACCCGCUCCGAGGCUGGAGGAAUGGCUGGCCGGCAACACGACCGCCCCAAACAGCAGCAUCAACACGCGGACCUGUCCCCAUGACGACGACGAAUUCAAAUACAACGCCUACAUCUUGACCUACUUCCUGGUGUUCCCCGUGGCGUUCCUCUGCAACAUCUUAGCACUGGUGGUCUUCUUCAGGCAGAAGAAACGCAGGAGGAAGCCUGCCUAUGUGAUCAUGGUGAACCUCGCGCUGUCUGACGGCAGCUUCUCCCUCACCCUGCCUCUGCGACUGGCGUACUACAUGAACAAGGGCCACUGGUCCUUUCCUGACUGGGUCUGCAGACUCUGUGUCUACACCUUCUACGUCAAUCUCUACUCCAGCAUCCUGUUCCUCACGUUUCUGAGCCUCCUCCGCUGGUUUUCCAUCGUCUAUCCACUACAUCAUAAGAAAGUGAAAAGUUUCAAGUUAGCCUUACUGACGUGUCUGGGAAUCUGGCUGUUUGUGGCCGUGUCCUCUCUGCCCUUCCUAGGCAGCGGCGUUAAUAAAAGAGGUGGAAUACCUCGCUGCUUUGAGCCGGCGACUCCACAGUCUUGGUCCCGCAUCCUCAGCAUGAACUACGUGGCGUUGAUUUUUGGAUUUGUGCUGCCGUUCUUCACCAUCAUCCUGUGUUGCACCAAGAUCAUCCACUGUCUGACACACCCACCUUAUUCUCAGGACCCGAAAACGCGCAUGAAGUUAAGGAAGAAAAACCAGCGCUCAGUGCACCUGCUCAUCAUGGUGAUAGCGACCUUCCUGCUCUGCUUCCUGCCCUACCACGUGAUCCGGACCCUGCACCUUUACGCCGUGAACGGCGGCUGGAACUGUGGCGUCACCAACCUGCUGCAGAGAGCCGUGGCGAUAACGCUGUGCAUGGCGGCGUCCAACAGCGUGGUCAACCCGCUGCUGUACUACUACUCCACCAAGAACUUCAAGGAAGACAUUGAGCACACUCGCUUACAUAUCAGUAAACGGCUGUCUUUCAGAAGUGGCUCUUUAAGAUCCACUGGACGGGCCGGGUCGUUGAAAGUUAAAACUCAACAGGGUCUGUCCAUUAAAGCAGAGGAUAUGGAGCAGAGUCCGUUAAAAACACAACAUCCUGCUACAGACCAGCAGAUCCAAAUGACUGAGAAACCUUUGGGACUGGAGGAGACCUGUGACUGAAAUGUGCUCAGUUUCCGUCCAAAAUUAGAAAACUUUCAGGAGAAACUGCUGCAGACGAUGGCCAUUGAGUCACACCACCACAGAUUGAUCUCUGUCAUUUUUCCAUUUUCUUUGGUAAUGUCCAGUUUGAUGAAGGUUGAGAUCAGAUUAUAAUCCAGAGGAAGCAGGAAGGAGUCACAUGUUCUCCUUCAUGGUUUUCCUCCAUACGGUUGCUGUUCAGGUAAAACAUGUUGUACAGCAAGACAGGAUCCAGUUCUGCAGGUGAACUUAUAGCGCCCUCUUCAGGCUGCUUCCUGACUGGACGCCCCAGACUGAACAGGAACAGGAAACCUUCUUUGUUUCCAGGGUUUUGAUAGUUUCCAUUGACCUGAAGCACCACUGCUCCCUGUGCCUCCCAAUCACCCGUUUAUAGGGAGAUAAUCCCUGCAGUAAUUUCCUCCUGGUGAUUUUUAAACUUUGUUUAUCGUCUAACCAUGAAGCGUCAGAGUGAAGCACUGAAACACUUUUGGGUGGGAUCUGAACAUGAGGUUCAUGUUCAGCUGAUCCUGUUUAUUUAACUGUCUUUAUUAUUUUAUAAUAUGUUGGGAUACAGUUCGGCUAUGUAAACAGGAAGCUUAGAAAUGAAGGUCCAGCUGGAAGGGUCGACCCUUCUGCUCAAUGUUUAUGUGGAUUUUUAUAUAAAUCAUUCACUCCUACAAACUC